ACGGUUCCAAAGGGCUAACUCGCAAUAUUACAAUUAAUGUCCUUAUUUGUCUUUUCUAUGUAUUUUCUUGUUUCGAGUUCACCGUGGAGAGCCUAAUGCUUCUGCCGCGCAUGCGCGUUUGUAAAUGUUGUCAGUCUCUAUGGCGACGGCACUGUUAAUUCUGUCCGUGUUGCAGACAGCCAGAGAUUAUGUGCACAGGUGUCUCUCCUCAGCCUGGCAGGCUCAGUGUGUAAGUGUCACACUUCAUGGUGGAAAACUACACCUUUGCAUGUUUCCUUUGCGCCUCCACAAGGACACGAAGAGGAGCCGGCGACCAUGAGUGACGUGGUUCACACCAAGACCCAGGAGGAGUACGAGGAGGACUUUGAGAAGGAUCUGGACUGGCUGAUCAGCGAGGAGAGUCAGAGUGAGGAGCAGGGUCUGGACCAUGAGGACUUUGAGGCGGACAUGGACAAGGAGCUGGCAGAGGAGGAGGAGAAGAAGAAGAAACCAGGAGAAGAGGAGGAGGAUGAAGACAGGUGGCCCUCACCUAUGGAACCUCUGGACUAUGACUCGGACAGAGACAGUCCUGCAAAGUCCUCACCUUUGGGCGUGGAGGCUCAGACCGAGGAGGAGAAGAAGUACAUCCAGGAGAAGAUCCAGCGAGCCAAUCGGGAGCUGAAGGACCAGGAAGCUCCGGACUUGAGUCGGAGGCGGCGGCUGCAGUUCAAGGAGACGCUGGUGACCUUGGAGGUGCCUCCGUCGCAGUUUGUGAACGGACGUGAGACGGAGGUGUCAAGGAAGCUCUCGGAGCUCCGGCUGGAGGAGGCGGCCAAGGAGGGACGUGUCCUGGUGGAGAAGGACGGCAGGUUUGAUCUGGUCAGCCUCAAAGAGGUGGAACAUCAAGUUCUCCUCCCACCUAUCGUACACAACGGGAGCAGCUCCUCACCUCACUCCCCCGCCGGCUCUUCUUCUCCCUUCUGCAAAGUGGACAACACGCCGCGGGCCCCCAGGCACCCCAAGGGCCGGCCCAGCUCCGCCGGCCACGGCCAGAGAGGCGGCCCCGCCAGAGGCGGCGGGCGCCGGGUGCAGUCGGCCAGCGGGACGCCCUGCCAGGCCACCUUCAAGCUGUCUGCCCAGCAGAAGGAGCUGCUGCUCAAAGUCCAGGAGAGGAAGGAGAGGCUGGCCAGAGAGGCCGAGCAGAAGAGGAUGGAGGAAGAGGAGCAGAAGAGGCGGGAGAACGAGCUGGCUUUCAAGGCCUGGCUCCUGAGGAAGCGAGAGCAGCUUCAACAAGAGAGGAGAAUCCACAGAGCCCAGGAGAUGGAGAGGAUGACAUCUAAGAGGGAGUCCAGCGAGCCAGAGGAGGCGUUCAAGGCGUGGUUGGCGAGGAAAGAGGAGCAGCAGCAGAGAGAGAAGCAGCUGCUACAGUUCAGGAGGUUGGAGGAGGACAGCAGCUACCUUCUACGCACUCGUGAGGAGUGUGAACGUGCCUUCAAACUGUGGCUGAGCCGCAAGCGAGCGGAGAAGCGUGCUGAGCAGCAGGCUGCUCGUGAGCGUUCCCGCAGGUUUGUGGUGGAGGAGAGGCGGGCCAGACGCACGAGGGACCUGCUGUGUACGGCCGGGGACACCAGGACCUUUAGGUUCACCGAUCAACUCACCUGUCGCUUCUGAGGAUGGAUUACACAACAUUUCCGCAACCAGAACCAUAAACUGUCACCAAAACCUGCAGGGAUGAUUGUUGAGUGGGUCCAAUCCUCACACAGAACUGUAUAUGUACUCACCACCACUCAGCUAUGAUGAUGCAAGACUCACCAUCCGUCCUGAGAGUCCCCGCUACGACCCGCCUUCCCGCUGCUGUGGCGUGGUCUCCGUCUCCCCUUCCUCUCUCCGCCCCGCAGGGUGAUACCGGCUAGCAGUCCCAAAUGAUACAGGUGUAAUCUCCAUCCACACCUGCACGAUCCAUUCUGGUGUUCUGUUGAAAUCCCGGUAACAAUUUACAUUAUAUUGUGACACUUCUUAUGAUACAGUACUUUGAAUCCAACUACUGCCACCUAGUGGAGCUCAUAAACAUGACAGGAGGAUGGUAUAGGGCUGGGCGAUACGGCUGAAAAUUGUAUCACGAUAUAAGCGUUUUUUUUAUCGGUUGAUAUCGAUAAUUCAUGAUUUUUUAUUUUUUUUUGACCUAUCAAAAAUAAGGAGCAGGAGAAAAAUAAAUGAAAUGUGAACAUUUAUAUUUGUAAUGUAACUUAUACUAUUUAUAAUCCCUGAGCAAUAGAGCCAGAAAGGAAAUGUCAACACAAGCAUGGAAAACCCUCC